AUGAGACGCCAAUACGCUCCGGUCACCGAUUCCGAAACUGAAUAUUCAGAAUCAGACGUCUCCAUGGAGAUUCCCCGUCAGAGAACGUCUUAUCGGAGACGCUCCGUCUCUCGUCAUCGUUUCAGCCCCGACCAUAGCAACACCUACCUGAGUCCUGUGCUGCAGGACGUGCACGUCCAUCGCUCCGCAUCGACUGGCGGUCGACGACGCAACGAGCCCGAGCGCGUCAGCCAGCCUCCGGCCGUCAUCGUCGACAUCAAGAACGAUUCCCGCAACAAGAGCUCCAACAGAAACCGGCGACACCAGAACCAACAACACCAUCAAGAAUUCAUCGAUCCCUACGAGUCUGAAGACGAGCACGUGCUGCGAAACCACCGUCGCCCCCGUGCCAGCACCAGCGAUAUCUCGCGAGAUGCCUCGCCGCGCUAUGAGACCGCCUCGCCACAGCAUCAUCGUGACUAUGACAUGCUGAUUGAUCAGCGCAUGCUGGAGAGGAACGACGCCCGACAGGACCUCGAGUUGUUCAGACAGCAGCAGGAGAUUGAGCGCCUGGAGCGGGAACUGGGACGCAACCGCGACCCCCACCAAGAAACCCGUCUUCUGAAGGCCGAGGAGGACUGGUAUGAGGAUGAGAUCAGCGAUCGACUACGGCGGCUCGAGCGGUUCGAGAAGAAACAGCGCAUGGAUGAGGAGCAACGGCAUGCGGAGCACCGUUAUAAACUGCGCAAGUUCGAGGAAUCGCAGCGACGAGCAGCAGAGGAUGAAGAAGUCCAGGCCAAGCUGCGUUUGGAAAAGUUGAAGGAACUCCAGCGUAAGAUCGAUGAGGAGGAAGAACGCGAGCGGGUCAAGAAGGAGAUCCGGGAUGAGGAGGCAAGGUUGUUGAUCGAAAAGCAGGAGAAGCAGCGCAAGGAGGCCAUGAUGAAGGCGGCCGCCGUCGAGGAAUGGAAGUUGAACGAGGAACGCCGGAUGAUUGCCGAGCGUGAGGAGAAGAGACGGCGGGAUGAGGAGUUCAGACUUCGAUUGAGAAUGGAAUUUGGAUAUACGGAGGAUGAGAUUGACGAGUUCCUCCACAAGAAGAAGCACCCGGAGAAGGAGGAAAAGAAAAAGAAGAACAAAGACAAGGAGAAAGAGAAAGAGAAGGAAAAGGAGAAGGAGAAGGACGAGAGUGAUCAUGAGCAUGAGGGAAAGAAAGAAAAAGAAGUUGACCAUCAACGGACCACUUGGAUUAAGGUCCAUCGCAAGCAUCUUCUUCCGGACACUUUGAUUGCGUAUCGCCUGCCCUGGGACUGGGAUGAUCUGGACAGCAACUACAUCAUCAUCAAGCAAUGGAUCAGCGAAGACUUCCAGGAAGAGCUCUUUGCCCAUUCUCGACGAUUGCGCGAGGGUAAACUCGUUACCCAGAGCUCAAACACUCUGACGGAGCUGAAGGUCAACGACAAGAAGAAAGACAAGAUGUUCCUUGUCCGGAAGAAGAGCCCCAGCCGGCGGGCUUGGAUCUUUACAUGA